CCCGUAUCGUCUCCGUGGACCGCCGCACCACCGCCUCCUCUCUCUCCUCCCUCGUUUCCCAUCUCUCCUGCACUCUCUACAACAACCGCCUUUCCACCUUAAGUACCAGCUCCCAAAUGAAGACCUCGAAUCUCUCAUCUCCGUCACCACCGACGAAGACCUCCACAACAUGCUAGAAGAGCACGAUAGCGUUGUAGGCUCCCCUACACACUCCCGCGUCAGAUUAUUCCUCUUCCCUGUCAAAUCUGAAUCUCUGAGAUCGGUUCUUCUUGACCUCAAAGCUGAGUCUUGGUUUUCUGAUGCAUUGAAGAGCACGAGGAUUAAUCAAAAGGGACGAAAUGACGAUUCAGGUCUAGAUUGUUUGGGUUUUUCGGAUUCAUCUGGGGAGUGUCAAGUGGAGAGUGGUGAAGGUAGGAGCGGUUUGGAGUUGGGUAGUUCUUCUAUGCCGGAAUCCAUGGUUUUGGAGACUAGUUCUUCUUUUGGGUCGACAACUUCUUCAGCCUCGAUGUCGAAUUUGCCUCCGAUUGGCGCUCAUGGUGAGGAUGGUGUUGUUAAUUUGCAGGAUACGAAGGUUAAAGUUGCUUCACCGGGUCCAAUUGAGAGCGAAUGCUUGGUACAAGUAUUAAUGAUCGGCAAAUAUUCGGAUGUCGAGUGGUUAAUGUCAUUAAUGCAUGCUGGAUUAAUAUGCUUGCAAGGGAUCAAGUAUCGAGGUCAAAGGGGUGCUUUACUCGAUGCUCAACAAGAGACAUCCACUAUGAGCCAAUCACAGGGCCCUUUAACCAAAGAGGAUUGUACACAUAUCUUCAACAGACACAUUCGUCCACCAAGAAAGUAUAAAUAA